AUGGAGUAUAUUAACAAAUACAGACAGCUGGAAGCACAAGAAUUUGACAUGUGUGGCAGUGCUCAUCCAAACAGCAGACCAGGUUCCAGGCCACCAUCGGCUAAAUUAAGCAAUGUGACCUGCAUACCAGAGACAGCUUAUAAAUACCCUGAUUUGCCUAUAAAUCGAUGUAAGGAAGAGGUUAUUUCUUUGAUAGAAAGUAAUUCUGUGGUAAUUAUCCACGGUGCCACGGGCAGUGGUAAAAGCACUCAGCUCCCACAGUAUAUCUUGGAUCACAACAUCCAACGUUCCACCUACUGCAACAUUGUGGUUACACAGCCCCGGAAAAUCGGGGCCAGCAGCAUUGCCAGGUGGAUCAGUAAAGAGCGCUCCUGGACUCUGGGUGGCUUGGUGGGCUACCAGGUAGGGUUAGAGAAAAUAGCAACAGAAGACACCAAGUUAAUUUAUAUGACAACCGGAGUCCUGCUUCAGAAGAUAGUUAGUGCCAAGAGUUUGAUGGAGUUCACACAUGUCUUCAUUGAUGAAGUGCAUGAGCGAACUGAAGAAAUGGAUUUCUUGCUGUUGGUAGUCCGCAAACUUUUAAGAACAAAUUCACGUUUUGUGAAGGUAAUCUUGAUGUCAGCCACCAUUAACUGUAAAGAGUUUGCAGACUACUUUGCGGUUCCUGUUCAGAACCAGAUGAACCCUGCUCACAUCUUUGAGGUGGAAGGCAAGCCCUAUUCGAUUGAAGAAUAUUACCUCAAUGACCUGGUGCACAUCCACCACAGCAAGCUUUCUCCUCAUCUCCUGGAGGAACCAGUGAUAACAAAAGAUAUAUAUAAAGUUGCCAUCUCCUUAAUUCAGAUGUUUGAUGACUUGGAUAUGAAAGAGAGCGGGAACACGACCUGGUCAGGGGCCCACAUUGUGGCGGAACGGAGCAGUGUGCUAGUGUUUUUGCCAGGUCUGGGUGAAAUAAACUACAUGCAUGAACUUCUCACAAACAUGGUUCACAAAAGAUUACAGGUCUAUCCACUUCAUUCAAGUGUGACUUUAGAGGAGCAGAAUAAUGUAUUUUUAAGUCCAGUCCCUGGGUACAGAAAGAUUAUUCUGUCCACCAACAUUGCAGAGAGUUCCUUAACAGUCCCACACGUCAAAUACGUUAUAGAUUUCUGUCUGACCAGAACUCUGGUUUGUGAUGAAGAUACGAAUUACCAGAGUCUACGGCUGAGUUGGGCCUCUAAGACCAGCUGUGAUCAGAGGAAAGGCCGUGCCGGGCGAGUGUCUAAGGGGCACUGCUACAGGCUGGUGCACAAGGACUUCUGGGACAGCUCCAUCCCUGACCACGUCAUCCCCGAGAUGCUGCGAUGUCCGUUAGGAAGCACAAUAUUGAAAGUGAAAUUACUUGACAUGGGUGAGCCAAGAGCUUUGUUGGCGACUGCCCUCUCUCCACCGAGUCUGAGUGAUAUUGAACGUACCAUCCUUCUCUUGAAGGAGGUCGGAGCACUGGCGGUCAGUGGUCAGAGAGAGGACGAGAACCCCCACGAUGGUGAGCUGACCUUCCUGGGAAGAGUCUUAGCCCAGCUUCCUGUUAAUCAACAACUUGGUAAACUCAUCGUCCUUGGGCAUGUGUUUGGCUGUCUAGAUGAGUGUCUCAUCAUAGCGGCUGCGCUUUCUCUGAAGAAUUUUUUCGCGAUGCCUUUUAGACAGCAUCUUGAUGGAUAUAGGAACAAAGUGAAUUUCUCUGGUGAUAGUAAAAGUGACUGCAUUGCACUCGUUGAGGCAUUUAAAGCUUGGCAGGCCUGCAGGCAGAGAGGAGAGCUGCGGCACCCCAAGGAUGAACUUGACUGGGGACGGUUAAAUUACAUUCAGAUCAAGAGAAUCAGAGAGGUGGCUGAACUGUAUGAAGAACUGAAGACUCGGAUCUCACAGUUCAACAUGUAUGUGGGCUCCCAGCGGCCCGCUGUGGACCACGAGUACAUAUAUAAGCAGCGGUUCAUCCUCCAGGUUGUAUUGGCAGGUGCUUUUUAUCCAAAUUAUUUUACUUUUGGGCAGCCGGAUGAGGAAAUGGCCGUGAGGGAGUUGGCUGGCAAUGACCCGAAGACAACAGUUGUGUUGAAGCACAUCCCCCCCUAUGGAUUCCUCUACUACAAACAGCUGCAGUCUCUCUUCAGACAGUGUGGUCAAGUAAAAUCCAUUGUGUUUGAUGGUGCCAAAGCCUUUGUGGAGUUUUCUCGUAAUCCAACAGAGAGAUUUAAAACUCUGCCUGCAGUAUACAUGGCGAUGAAGAUGUCUCAGCUCAAGGUCCCGCUCGAACUCAGUGUUCACACUGCAGACGAGAUUGAAGGGAAGGUGCGAGGAGGGGCCGUGCAGAAGCUCAGGAAUGCGAGGGUGAACGUGGACUUCCAGAAGCAGACAAUGGAUCCCAUCCAAGUCUCAUUUAACACCCUGGACAAGUCGCGGUCAGUCACAGAGCUCCUCCUGACUGUUGAUGUCACAGAGGUGGUUGAAGUGGGACACUUCUGGGGAUAUAGGAUUGAUGAAAAAAACUCAGAGGUUCUGAAAAAGCUUACUGCCGAAAUAAACCAGCUGAAGUUGGUGCCCUUGGCCGUUCAUCCCCACCCAGAUCUGGUCUGCCUGGCACCUUUUGCCGACUUCGAUAAAGAAAGCUACUUUAGAGCACAAAUCCUGUAUGUUUCUGGAAAUUUUGCUGAGGUGUUCUUUGUGGAUUAUGGCAACCGGACCCAGGUGGACCUGGAUCUUCUAAUGGAGAUCCCCUGUCAGUUUCUUGAACUUCCGUUUCAGGCCUUGGAGUUCAAGAUCUGCCAAAUGCGGCCCUCCGCCCAGUCCCUGGUGUGUGGCGAGCGCUGGAGCUGUGGGGCCAGCCGGCGCUUCGCCUCCCUGGUGCGGGGCUGCGCGCUCCUCGUGAAGGUCUUCUCCGUGGUGCACAGCGUCCUGCACGUGGACGUCUACCUGUCCUCGGGGGUCCAGGAUGCUGUCAACGUGAGGGACGUCCUCAUCCAGGAGGGCUACGCCGAGCUCACGGAGGAGUCCUACCAGUCCAAGCAAAGCCAUGAAGUUCUCAAAGGUCUCUUUUCGAAAUCAGUACAAGAUAGUUCUCUGACAGAUGCGUCUGUGCCAUCCCCCGUGAAAGAUGACGAGAAACAUCUGAUUCGGAUUCUCUUAGAGAGCUUCUCUUCUAACAGACUGGGUACCCCAGACUGUAAGGCGAUACUUCAUGGACCUUUUAACCCUUAUGAACUAAAGUGUCACAGUUUGACCAGAAUAUCCAAAUUCAGAUGCGUUUGGAUUGACAAGGAGAGCAUCAACUCUGUCAUCAUCAGCGAUGCCCCUGAAGACCUUCACCAGAGAAUGUUGGUUGCAGCUUCUCUUUCAGUCAAUGCAACCGGGUCCACCAUGCUGCUGAGAGAGACCUCUCUGAUGCCACAUAUCCCGGGCCUGCCGGCACUCCUUAGCAUGCUGUUUGCACCAGUGAUGGAGCUAAGGGUAGAUCGGGAUGGAAAAUGCUAUACUGGAGUCCUCUGUGGUUUGGGGUGGAACCCAACUACAGGGACCCCUAUCCUGCCAGAGCACGACAUUGAGCUGGCAUUCGAUGUUCAGUUCAGCGUGGAGGAUAUCAUGGAGAUUAAUAUUCUCAGGGCAGCUAUUAACAAGCUAGUAUGUGAUGGACCUAAUGGAUCUAAGUAUCUUGGGCCAGAAAGAAUCGCUCAGUUACAGGACAACGCUCGUCAGAAACUUUUAGGCUUGUUCUGUCAGUUGAAGCCAAGAGAGAGAAUUGUCCCUAAGUGGCAUGAAAAGCCGUAUGAAUGGAAUCAGGUUGACCCAAAGCUGGUGAUGGAGCAAGCCGACCGGGAGGGCAGCAGAGGGAAGAACACUUUUCUCUACCAGCUCCAUAAGCUGAUCCUGCUGAGCACCUGAGCAGUCAGCAGACGGCGUCCAGAACUCACUUCAUGGAGCAGGGGAGAGGGGGAGUGAAAGGCUGGGUCCCAGACCAACCUCUCUGUACCCAGGAUUACACUGCUUCAUGUAGCCGUCUACACCUGGCCCCUGCCCAAUGCGGGGGACCGUGGGGUUCUGUUCAGGUGGGAAGGAUGGAAGAGGCCAGGCUUUUCCGAAAACAGAAAAUCACGGUAUUAAAUAUUUUGGAAAAAGUGGUUUUGAGGGAAGACCUUGUUGGAAAAAGAGCUAUAUUUUACUUUAAGUUUAUUAAGGUAAAUAUCAGUAGCCAGUAUUACACGUAUGGUUCCCAGAUGCGCCUGCGUGUUCUAUUCUAUUAUAAUCAUUUCAGCCUUGGGGCCCAAGAGCCAGGACACCCAGUUCACCACAAGGGGAGAACUUUGUUUUUUAAAACCAUGUGGCAUUUCCUAAUAUUUUUUUUUCCCCUCUGAGGGAAAAUACCUACUUUUGGUAAAACUAACU